CAAAAAAAAAAAUACUUUCAUUUUGAUUUUGAUUACCGUUUGAAUAGAAUUAUGAACGUUAUUACCAAACAAAAAUUCAAUUGUUUUGUAAUGAAACAAAACAACAACAACAACAUUAUAACUGGCCGAACAUUAAUUUGGAUAAUCAUAUGGAUUAUAACAACGAUCGUUUGUUUAUUGUUUAUGUCCGAUAUUGUUUUACGUUAUUUUGAACGUGAAACUGUUAUAUCGAUUUAUAAUGAACAACCGGAUGUUUUGAAUGAAUUACCCGCUAUAACGAUUUGUGCGGCCAAUAUAUUCACACCUCGACAAUUAGCCGCACUUUAUCCUGAAUUCAAUGAAACUUAUUAUAGAUUUAUGGAAAAAAUACAAAAAAAUCAUUUUCCCGAUCAAAAUGAUUUAAUUGAAAAUCAACAACAAUUUGAUCGAUUUGAAUCAAAAGCAUUUGAAGAUUAUACUGCUUAUGAAGUGAUUGUUGAAAAAAGUAUUCAAAUUGAAGAUAUUGUUGCCGGUUGUAAAGUAUAUCCGGUAAGUAUACGCAAUAUGUUCGAUAGUACUAGUUUGAUUGAAGAUCCAUUAUCGAUCGAUGGUGUGGAAUGUAGUCAAUUACAAGAAUAUAUGCCCAGUAUAUAUGAAGGACAAAAAUGUUUUACAUAUUUUAGUUCAAUGCAUGAAAUGAAAGAUCGAUGGUUACAAUAUAUACCACCAAUGUCUGAUCUUGAACAAUUGGUUUAUCGAUUAUGUUUAAAUGAUUCAUUACCAUGUCAAUGGCCAAAUCGUCAAUCAAAUCGUACAUGGAAUCAUCAUCAACAAGAUUCUUGGCAAAUUUUUCAUGAUCUACAAACAAUGAUCAAAAUCAAUGUACGUAUGGAUAUGGAUACAUUACAUUUUCUUUCGGAUAAAGCAAUCAAAUUGACCGUUCAUUCAUCAAAUACAUUGAUCAAUAAACGUAAAUAUAAAUAUCUACAUAUAACUGGACCAUAUCUUUAUGAAGUAGUUUUUACCAGACAAAUAACACAAUUAUUAAAUCGACCAUAUCGACCAUAUUGUAAUCAUUAUGGUAAAUAUAGUGAAAAUCCCAAAUUACGUGUAUUCCACACAAGUGAAGAAUGUCGUAAUUAUUGUAUUAAAAAUCAUUUAACAAAAAUAUCAAAUUCAUGUCAAAUUUAUUAUAAUGUUUUAUCUGCAUCAACAAUUUUUGAACGAUCAUUUCAUAAUGAACAUAUUUGUUCACAUGAUCAACAAAAUGUUAGCCUUUAUUUAUUGGCAAAACAAAGCUGUGAAACAGUUUGUCCGGAAGAAUGUCAACAAUCAAUUUAUGAAAUAUCUAGUUAUCGAUCAUUUAGUCGUGAAUUAUUGGAUUGUAACGAUGAACAACAAAAAUCAAAAUGUUUUGCUCAAGUUUAUAUACGACCUUCAACACAACCAUUUCAACGAAUUCAACAUCGUGUUGCUGUUUCAUAUGAAGAAUUAAUUGGUACUAUUGGUGGUGAUAUGGGUAUAUUGCUUGGAAUGUCUAUAUUUUCAUUCAUUUCAUUGACCGUAUCAUGUUUACAACGAUGUUUAGUCAAAAUGGUAUAUGGUAGCCCAACGAUGAUCAUGAUGAACAAUGGCUAAACACAAUGAUUAUGAUAAUAUCGACAUUAGCACCAUACAACAAAAAACA